UCAACUUCUGAUGCAUCUAAGUGUGCUGAGUCUAAAAUUUCUAUAGCUUCUAAUGUUGUUUUCAAUUCCCUUUGCUUUGAGCAAAACUAGUACUAGCUUUUGCAAUCUCAGUUUUGGAUUCAUGUUUACUAGCACUUCGCUGUAUAGUUCAACAACUGUUAAUUAUAGCUCCAAAGUCUUCUGGCUCUUUUGUAAUUAAUGGUUUUUGAAUCAAUUUCCGCUAUUACGCCUGAUUUCUCUCGCAAUUCACUAUUCACAACAAGGAAGAGAAGGGGUUUGAGGAAAUUGGGCUCAAAUUUGGAUUUGAAUUCGAAUUGGAUUUGUACUAAAUGGGCAAUUCGGCCUUGUUGUGUGAAUGGUGGUGGAGACCACCAUAAUUUUGAUAUACAUAUUACAAAUAAUGCCACAAGAGGAGCUAGAAAUAUUCUAAUUAAGAGAUUUUCUGAUGAAUUAGAACCUUCUACAAGUGUCUCUGAUGAAUUAGAAGCUUCUACUAGUCGUUCUAGUAAUAACAAUUUUGCUAGUUUUCAAGAAGACCCUUUUGUAGAUAAGUUAAGGACUCAAUUAGGGGUGAUGCAUCCAUUACCUUCACCUCCAAUAAAUCGAGGCGUUUUCGGGCUUUUUGCUUUGUUUUUCUUUGUUGGUGUUGUUUUUGAUAAGGUUUGGACUUCAAGAAAAAGUAGUUCUAAGGGAGGGGGGAAUGGAGGGAACCCCGAGGGGAUGUGGCCGCGGGUCCCAAUGAAUCUUUCGUCGUUGUUGGAGAAGGAUUUGCAAAGGAAAGAGUCAGUGGAGUGGGUAAAUAUGGUGUUAGGGAAGUUGUGGAAGGUCUAUAGAGGUGGCAUUGAGAAUUGGAUCAUUGGUUUGCUUCAGCCUGUUAUUGAUAAUUUGAAGAAGCCUGAUUAUGUGGAGAGAGUUGAGAUUAAGCAAUUUUCGCUUGGGGAUGAGCCUCUUUCUGUUAGGAGUGUCGAGCGCAGAACUUCUCGUCGAGUCAAUGAUUUGCAGUAUCAGAUAGGUCUCCGAUACACUGGUGGUGCUCGUAUGCUUUUAAUGCUGUCACUAAAAUUUGGAGUUAUCCCCAUUGUUGUGCCAGUUGGUGUUCGGAACUUUGACAUUGAUGGUGAACUCUGGGUCAAGUUACGAUUAAUACAAACAGAGCCUUGGGUUGGAGCGGUUUCUUGGGCUUUUGUUUCCCUUCCGAAGAUAAAGCUUGACUUGUCACCAUUCCGUUUGUUCAACCUAAUGGCAAUUCCUGUUCUAUCAAUGUUUUUGAAGAAACUUCUUACUGAGGAUUUACCUCGUCUCUUCGUCCGACCGAAAAAAAUUGUUUUGGAUUUUCAGAAAGGGAAGGCAGUUGGCCCUGUUCCAAAUGAUGUUAAGUCUGGUCAAAAUGAAGUGAAGGCUGGAGAAAUGCAAGAAGGAAACAGGGACUUUGCUGGAGAACUAUCAGUGACUCUUGUUGAUGCAAGGAAACUCUCUUAUAUCAUCUAUGGCAAAACUGAUCCGUAUGUUAUUCUAAGACUUGGAGAUCAAGUAAUACGCAGCAAAAGAAACAGUCAAACUACUGUUAUUGGACCUCCUGGAGAGCCUAUAUGGAAUCAGGAUUUUCACAUGUUUGUCACAAACCCCAGGAAACAAAAGCUAUAUAUAGAAACAAAGGAUUCCCUUGGAUUUACAGAUUUUACUAUUGGGGGAGGAGAGGUUGAUCUGGGAUCUCUUGAAGAUACUGUACCGACAGACAUAAUUGUGGUCAUCAGAGGCUGGGGACUACUGGGACCAAGGCCUGUAGGAGAGGUCUUACUCCGACUGACAUAUAAAGCUUAUGUCGAAGAUGAGGAAGAUGAAAGGAUUGAAGCAAGGUCCUUGGAUUUGGAUGCUUCAGAUGAUGAAUUAUCCGACUUUGAUGAACGAGAUGCUGCUGUAUAUGAGCAGCGUGGAAAGACUGUGUCUAGUGGAACAGAUAAAGAAUCAUUUGUGGAUUUAUUAGCAGCGUUAAUUGUCAGUGAGGAAUUCCAAGGGAUCGUGGCAUCUGAAACAGGCAAUAUUAAAACUGUAGAUGAUUUUAAAACUAGAGUGUCAGCAUCAAGACAACGUACUGCUGCUAAACCUGUACAGCAAAAUUCUGAUACCCCUGAAAAUUUCGGAGAAUCGGCCCUGUUUUGGCUUGCGGUUAUCACAAGUAUCUCAGUUCUAAUUGCUCUCAAUGUCAGUGGUUCUAGCAUUUUCAAUCCCUGAUAUAUGAAACAAAAUAAAAUUGAUAGCACCUAGUAAAGAAUACAAUAUAGAGCUUCUGCUGGGAUGAUUCUGUCAAGACCACACAGUUGUCCCCACUCUGGGAUUGCCCGUACGGAAACCUUAUCAUAGUUCGUGCCUUUUGUCGUUCUUCCAUUCGAGGCUGGGCAACUGACUCCUCCAUUUUCUGUCAAAUGUGUACACUAACAUUUUAACAAGAUCAAAUACUCAAACCCUCUCCCUCUCUCCCCCUACAACCUCCAAAAGCAAAUGAAGAGGAUCCCCAAACACAUGUAAAAGAGAAUAUUCAAAUAUAUACAAUGAGGUAUAUAUUCUUGUUGGCGGAAAAUUUUGGCCAUCCCUUUCUUCUAGGUAUUUGUUUCAUCCUGUAAA